AUGUCAACUCACCUCAGAAACAAGAUUGCAAAUUUUCAGCAGACAGGAUCAGAAAGAUUUCACGAAGCUUGGGAGCGCUUCAGAGAAUACACUACAAACUGUCCACACCAUGGUUAUACUGAUGUCAACCUGCUGAACAUCAUUUACAAUGGAGUUUGUGAGAAAUACCAAAACGCCAUGGACACUGCUAGUAAUGGCGAUUUCAUGACCAAGACUGUGGAAGAAGCAUAUCUUUUGAUUAACAACCUUGCGUCUAGUCAAGCGAAUCGUAGGUCAGACUAUGAACGCUCUGGGAGAGGUUCAAGCUCUGAUUCUCAGAAGAUCGAUGAGCUGACUGAUGUUAACUACAUUGGUGGUCAAGGAAAUUACAACCAAGGCUUAAAUCAAAUUUUCAGGAACCAGCAGCAUUUGCUAUCUUACCGGAACAACAAUGUGGAAAAUCCACAAGAUCAAUUCUACCCUCAACAAGGUAAUAAACAGAGUCAAUCCCAGAGCAGACCCUUAGCGCAGAAUCAGAGUGUUUUCAAUCAAGGGUAUCAGAACAGAAACCAAUUCCAAGGGAACAACUCUGGCAACAACGGUUUUCAGCAGAAGCAGCAGUACGGAAACUUCCAGGCUCAUGGGAAUGCAUCUACCUCUCAGUCCUCUCAAGACAGUGAAAUCAAGCAGAUGUUACAAAUGGUGCUAGAAGAACAGAAGAGAAGCACUUCAGAAAUCAACAGCAAGGUCGACAACAUGUACGGAGAUUUGAAUGGGAAAUUCGAAGCUUUGAACACCCACAUGAAAGUUAUAGAGACACAAGUUGCUCAAGCUUCAUCAGCGAGUAGAGCACCACCGGGUACCCUACUAGGCAAACCAGAGGUGAAUCCUAAAGCUCAUUGCAAUGCUGUCUCGGCCAGAGAGGAUGAGGAGGCUGAAGAAUCUGAAGAUGAAACUGAAAAGAAGUUUGUUGAGAAUGGAACGAUCAAUCCCCUGCCUAAGUCUGUCGAGCCCGAGAGCAGUGUGAAAAGUCAUGCUUCUACUUCAUCUGAGCGAGUGUAUGUACCAAGAAUCCCGUACCUUGUUGUGCCACAACAUUUGAGAGAGCCUAUCAACAAGAAGACACUAGAAAAUAAUGAAAAGGAUCCCUUCUACCAUGUCAUUUGA